AUGGUUGACCUUGACGAGUGUGUGCAAGCGUAUUACCUUAGGAACAACAGAGACCGAAUUGCCAAGGACCACGCCAAGCUGCUUCCGUGCAGCAAAGAAAGCGUUCUGUUAACAUAUCUGAAGGAGUUCCGAAUUCAGCUUGCAGGGAAAUACGAUGCACAUUUUUGCGAAUUUUUUAUUGAUGAGUAUGGAGAGCGUAGGAAUAUAUGCUCCUCCAUAAUCCAAGUUUUUUUCCCCUUUGACAAAGGAAACAACUACAAAGAAAUAUAUACCCUGAUCAAGAGCUACUUCACGUUCGAAGUCGUGUUGAAAAAAAAAAUAAAAACGCUGCUGCUUCCAAACGUGGCGCUGGUGUUCGACUGGAAGAUCGCCGAUUGCGCGGACUUGUGCACUAUAGUGGUGUCCUCUCUGAGAACAAAGAACUACGAUGCGUACGUUGUGUGCGGCGAGGCCCCCUUCUCCAUUUGCGCGAAGGACGACGUAAUGAAGAAAAAAAAAAAGAGAGGAGUGAUGGAUGGAUUGGCGGAUGGAUGGACUGGCGGACAGGCUGGUGGACGGGCUGGUGGACGGAAAGACCUGUCACGAACAGGGGGAAUGCUGUCUGUGGGCAUCCCCCCAAUUGUCCUGACCCGUUCAGGCAAUUCCCAUCCACAACUUUGCUCCCCCCCGCAACAGAAAAAGAACCUCUGCGAAUUUAAUUUCAAAGAGUGGAAAAAGUCUGAAGGCAAGAAGGAGGAUGCAGCGGAACUGUUGGACAUAAAGGGGAAGAAGGCGAAGUAUAGGAAACUCAUGAAGAUCGGCGCAGGGGAACGCAAAUUCGAAGACGACGGAUCGAAUGACGAGAAGGACCUCUACCUUCACAUGUGGAUACUCAUAAAAAAAAGCCUAGAUGUAAAAAAAGACGUGUUCAUAGAAAUGGGUUCAGGCAGGGAAUACGACGUGGACGACUGCCCCUAUAGGUCGAUAUUUUACCUGUGGAACGAGAAGAACAUUUACGUAAACAUCCGCAAAACGGAGGAAGUCGCCACGUUAGUUUCGGAGCUGCAAAACAGUGAGUACUUUGUUCCGGCCUUCUACGACCAGAUACGGGCUAAGGCACUAACCCCCAUUAUCGAGAAUCGGCUGUACAGAAUUAGGAAAGACCGGUUUCUUUUGAAGUACCCGCAAGGCAGCAACACGACAUUUUACAAGAACUGUAAGAGGGACCAGUAUGGGGACUUCCUGCAGCACGACGGACUCACAGAGAUGCACACACACUAUGGAAAUAAAUUCUACACCAACGUUGAAUCAGUCUGUUGUCUGUUCAAAUACAGAAGGGACGGAAAAAAAGCCAAGCUGUACUUUCCCAGAAAAUUCAAAACAGUUGAAUAUUAUGACAGUUGUGGUCACUACUUUUUGAGGACGCUCAGAGAAAGCAUAGGGUUCUACUCCCACUUCUCCUUCUACCCAAAUAGACCCGAUGGAUUGGUCCACUAUCUAGAGAUAAAAGACUCAAAAAUUAUGGAAUAUUUUUCCAACCGGAACGACCAAGUGACAUACCGAUCGAUGUGUCUUUCUCCGAGCGUCAAAACGAAUUACAAAUUGCAGAUGUUCGACGGGAAGGAGUACUACGCGAUAAAAAUGGCUGUCAAGUAUAAGGACGAGCGCCGCCACAACGGAAUCAAAAAGAAAAUAUUCCUCAUCCCAGAGAACAAAAUAAUCCUCGUGUACUACAACAACUGCAACGAGAUAAGUAACACCGUCGAGGUUUAUGAGAAGCGCAUUUGGUACAACCAGGACACGGAGGAGAACGAAGAAAUAGUGACGUACAAAAAGAAUUACGUGUACAAGCACUUUGUAAAUUAUGGGGAUCCUCUUCAGAAGGAGAGCCUAUAUCUGCUGAGGGAGGAACGAAGCCUUUUUGAAGACAUCGAGAGAAUCUACAAAGGAGUUAUCUGUGCCAUCAGGAAGGAAAGAAGCCACAUGAAAGAAACGGAAGAAGAGUACCAAUACAAGGCAGAAAAUAUUACCAACAGAAAUGAAAUGAUAUAUCAUGACAAUGAAAAAAUGGAACAGUUUAAUAAAAGCGUAAUCGAAGAUGAGAUGAAUGUGUUCAAUUUUUACAAUAGCUAUCCUUGGGAUCAGCACGUGGAGGUGUCCAUGAAUAAUUCGUUUUUUUUGUCCAAGAGGAAGAUACUUAAAAUUGAAUGCGCGUGUGACGAAAUAGCAUACGUCUCCUCGGAGAAGGGGCAGGAAAUGGCACGCUCUGCAUUGCGCCAAGGGAAUCGGGGAAGCAUGAAGUUAUCCAUUUUGGAAGACAGGUUGUCCAAGUACAAACAGGAGCUGUCCGAAAUGAAG